CGCCAUCAACACUGUCCUGUUUCGUAGCGUCUCGUGCACCCGUUGAACUAACGAAGACCCCUUUCCCGUAUUAUAAUCUCAUACUGACAUUAGCUCAGUAGGUAGCACUCGGUACUGUGCUCAGGCGUCUGGCGGCCUGAUGCAACUAGUUUGUGGCUUUUAUCAACAAGCAGUGCGGUUGGACAAUGAGUUUCAGUAAUUUAACGUAAACAAAGAACAUCAGCACUGGGAGGAUGGUUGGUCCUUCCGAAGAGGACGUUCUUGUGAGAACUGACCCUGAGAUUCGCCAAACAAGAAGUGGAUUUUUCAUCUUGGAACCUCCAGUUUUCCUCAUCUCGUUCGCUCUGAAUGUAUCGACGGCUGUUUUCACCGAUCAGCUGGUGUAUCAGGCGUGUACAGUUUCGCUUGCUAUCAACCGGACCGAGUGCGAUAAGCUGGGAAAGGAGUACGAAUCUCCCGAUGUUCAAGCCUUGGAAGCACGGGUGCAGCCUUAUUCGGCGGACAUUCUGAUGGCCGAAUCGCUGGCCGAUUCCAUUUUGCCUGCCUUUAUGAAUCUCUUCAUCGGUCCGUGGUCCGAUCGAUUCGGUCGCAAACCGGUGCUCUUGCUCACCUUCACCGGCUGCAUGCUGUCUCAUCUGCUCAUCGCUGUGAUAUGUGCGCUGUCGAGUUGGUACCGGCUGGAUCCGUGGUACUACGCAAUUUCGUUUGUGCCUUCUGCGUUGUCGGGUGCUACAUGUACGAUGCUCACCAGCGUGUUUUGCUAUAUAGCUGAUGUUACUAGUGAGCAGGAGCGAGGCAACAAGAUGUCUGUCAUGGAAGCUGCCCUGUACGGUGGCAUGUUAGUGGGGAAUAUAAGUAGCAGCUUCAUACUCCGUGUGACGAAUGCUCUCACAGUGUUUUGCAUCUCUACCUUAUCAGCUAUUUUAGCUGUACUGUACAUAGCACUUUGCAUAAAGGAAAGCAUCAAUAUUACGCAUGAUGAUCGAAAUGAGUCCUGUCGGUCAAAGCUGGGAUAUUUGUUCCGUCCAAGAAUGGUGCUGGAUACAUUAAACACUUGUUUCAGGCCAAGGUCCAAUUACGGAAGGGCGAUAAUUCUACUGGGAAUACUAACACUAGGAGGAAAUAUAUUUGCCUACGAGGCCAACAACACCGUUUUCUUUCUAUUCGUUCGGAAACAGUUCAACUGGGCCGUUCGAAAGUACUCAUAUUUCACCUCGGCCGAAAUGGUUCUUUUGGUGCUAGGAAAUUUACUGGGAACAUAUGUGCUGGAGAGGCUAAUAGGAUUAACCGAAGCCGGAAUUGCUUCGAUUGGAUACUUCAGCUGGAUGCUAUACAGUAUUGCAAUUGCAAUAGCUUCCAAGCCGUGGCACUUGUAUUUAGCAAUUGCAAUUUGCCUGCUCAAAGGUACCUCCGAUGCCAUGACACGAGCGUUCAUCUCUAAUGGAGCAUCCCCGGAGGACAUUGGAAGUAUAUUUUCGUUUGCGUCGACUUUCGAAGCGUUGAUGCCAUUGGGAGCUGCUCCAUUGUUUACCAAUGUUUAUAAACACACCCUAAGCAGGGAUCCAGGAGCUUUCGGUUGGAUCAGUGCCGGAAUGUAUGGCAUGUGUUAUUGCUUGGCGAUGUGUGUUUGUGUCCUACAAGCUAUUAAGCAUAACUCAACUUAUUAUCUCACAGACUGAUAUUGCUAGUUCAUCAAAAAUGUAUGUGUUCUUUAGUUAUUUUGGUACAUGCACGUUACGUUGGAAAUCUGAUUGAAAUCAGAUUAUUGUUAUUUGUUAUAUAGCAAGAUGCAUAAUAGAUUAAUAUAUUUUGUCAUUGAUUGAAAGUGAAAAUAAAUAUACGCUUCAAAAAUUA